CCAGGCGAGGCUGAGGUCGUGCCUGGGUCCGGGGCGAGCAGGGGCCUGGGUGCGAGCCAGAGCGCGGAGCAGGAAGGCGCGCAGCAUGGGCCCCGAGUUCCUCCCCAGCAGGCCCCCCCAGGAAUCAGUGACAUUCAAGGAUGUGGCCGUGGACUUCACCUGGGAGGAGUGGGGCUACCUGGACACCUCCCAGAAGGAGCUUUACUGGGAGGUGAUGCUGGAGAACUACAGGAACCUGGUCAGCCUGGCUUGGGAUACCAGGCCUCACACCAAGGAGUCAUCUCCAGAGAUGGGUAUUUCUGUGGAAGACUUAUCCCAACAAACACCCUCAUGGGAUGACCCACGCAUCUCCAAGAUGGGGACAGCCUGGGAGUCUUACAGCAGGUUAAAAAAAGAGCAGAGCCAUGAGGAGGAACGUUCUAGACAAGGAAAUGUAACCCAAACAGAACCUCCCAAUGAAGUGAGAGGCUCUGAACACAGUAAAUAUGGCCCAGUCCUUUCUCUGCUACAGGAAGUAUCUGUAGUAAUGAAUCUCCACAGAGGUGAUAACCAGAGAAGGAGUUUCACCAUUUGUUCAAACCAAAGACAGUGUAAUCAAGUGUAUUCACAGAAGAAAUAUUCUGAGGUUAACAAAUGUCAGAAAGCCUUCAGUUAUGAUUUUGACCACAUUAAAAAAUAUGGAAUUAAUGCUGAAGAGAAAUUUCAUGAAACUAGGAAUUCUUUCCUCCCAAAUAAUGAACUUAGUCUAUACCAGAGUACUGAUACAGGAAAAAAGUGUUAUGAAUUGAGUAAAUGUGGGAAGACAUCCUGGCAGAAGGCAGAUCUUACACAACACUCUAGUAUUCAGAGUAAAAAGAAAUCUUAUAAAUGCAGUGAAUGUGGAAAGGCCUUCCAGCAGAAGAUAAGUCUUACUCUACACUAUAGGAUCCAUAGUGGAGAGAAACCUUUUGAAUGCAGUGACUGUGGAAAGGCCUUCCAUCAGAAGAUCGAUCUUAUAAGACAUUGUAGGAUUCAUACUGGAGAGAAACCUUUUAAAUGCAGUGAUUGUGGGAAAGCCUUUCCUCGGAGCACAACCCUAACUCUACAUCAGAGAACUCAUACUGGAGAGAAACCCUUUGAAUGCAAUGAAUGUGGGAAGACAUUCCGACAAAGCUCUAAACUUUCUCUGCACCAGAGAACUCAUACAGGAAUAAAACCUCACGAAUGCAGUGUAUGUGGGAAGGCAUUCUCUCAAAAGUCUGAUCUUACUCGUCAUGGUAGUAUUCAUACGGGAGAGAAACUUUAUGAAUGUAAUGAAUGUGGAAAAGCCUUCACUCGGAAUACAGGCCUUUCAUUGCAUAAGAGAACACAUGUUCGAGAAAAAUCUUUUGAAUGUAAUGAUUGUGGGAAGGCAUUCUACCGGAUCACAGCACUUACUCAACAUUAUAGAAUUCAUGACGGAGAGAAAUCUCAUUAGUAAAAUCAUUGAAGCAAAACUUUUCUCUGGAAGAGACUCCUUGAUAAAUUUACUUAAUGUUGGAAAGGAACCAUGGAACUACGUGGUGCACGUGGAAAGCCUUUCAGUUAAAUGCAGGAGAUACAAAAACCAACAAAGACCACUCCCUACUCUGAGGGAUCUUACAGUGUAAUAGGAGAGGCAACCUGAAACAAGUUUGGUCCAUAAAAGCUAGCUAUAGAGCGAAGGGAAGGUCAUCUUAGUCACCGGCUCCUGAAGUAUCAGAAAAGUUCUGUGGAGGGUGGAAUGUGACCUUAGGCUUCUAGGAGGGCAGGAAACAGGAAGCCGAGAGAGAGAGACAGACAGACAGACAGACAGACAGAGACAGACACAGACAGACAGUGACAGAGAGAGAAUUGCAGGUAUGGAUGACAUCCAGUGAACACUCUGAAUGAAUCAUGAAAUGGGUUCAAGGAAUGGCAAACCACUCCAGUAUCUUUGCCAGAAAAAAAACCAAAACCCAAAAGGGAUCAUGAGGAAUUGGACAGGACUGAAGAACAAAGCAUCCUUAAUGUCCCUGGAAUCGAGGCCCAAAGUGUGAGUGAGAAUGUCCUUAGUUCCACACUAACCAGAUCAAGAGAGAUGUCCUUUGUGUUAUUUCCUAUAUCCUGUAUAUAGCUUGCCUGUAUAUAUUUGUCAAUAUGUCUUUCCCUUUAGACUGUAAGCUCACUGGGGCCAGGUACUGUCAUUUGCCUCUUUGUAUCCCCCAAACUGGAGGGCUGGGAUAUGAUGACUGGCACGUAAUAGGUACUUAAUGAGUGUUUAUUGCUAUUGAUCUCAAGAAGAGCCAUCUUCCUCACAAUGGCAGACACUGAAAAUUCGGUGCUUUUGUUUUUAAAUUGCUCUCGAAGUCCUUCAUCUUUGGCUUUGUGAUUAUUAUGACAUGUAAGUUGAAUACUUUCCAAGGCAUAGGGCUCUCUGAUCACAGAGGAAAGUCUGUCAGCCAGAUCUUCUGUCUAAGCAAAUUGCUUGUUCAUUCCUGUGUCCUGUCAGAUUUUAGCUAAAGAUUUUAUUCAAAAUGGAGGCUCGACCUGUCCCUGAGGGGUUGACCCCACUCAUAGUUUCCUAACCUAGCAAAAUCCUGAAUACCCUCUAAGGCCUGUCUAGGCCGCCCUAUGUCCUGCCUCCCCUUAUCCAGGAGUCUGUGUCUAAAGGCAGCUAGAUAGCACAGUGGAUAGUGUCGGGCCUGAAAUCUGGGAGACUUGUUUUUGUGAGUUCAAAUCUGGUCUCGUAUUUACCAGCUGUGUGAUUCUGGGCCUCUUGCCUCAGUUUCAUCAUCUGUAAAAUGAGCUGGAGAAGGAAAUGGCAAGCCAUUCCCAUAUCUUUGCCAAGAAAGCUCCAGAUGAUGUCAUGGAAUUGGACCUAAGUGAAACAACUCAACAUGUCUAAAGGCCUGGAGCUGUUCUGCUUUGAAACAAGCAUACUGAAGCCCAUGUGAGUUCAAUCUCAGCCGAACAGUUUUGUUGCUUUCUGUUAUUCAAGAAGGAGCCUCUGUGUCUGGGCUGGAAAUUAGAUCUUUCCCUUUCCUUCUGCCGAAUCUGUAGCUCACAAGCCAACAGAUUGUUAUAAGAAUACAAGUCAUUUCCCAGUUGAUAAAUGGUCAAAGGAUAUGAACAGGCAGUUUUCAGAUGAAAA